CUCAUUGGAUAGUCUGUUCUUCAUACUUUCUUCUAUCGCUCCUUCCCUAUCGGAUUUAUAUAUAUAUAUCCCUUUUAUUCAUCCUACGAGUCCCGUUGCUCGGUUAUUGCAGGCAGAAAUUGAGAGUGGAGCGACGUGGUGGUAAUCCAGUGACCUUGCACACCAAUCCUUGGCUACCCAUCGCCAACCUCCCGUUGGGUUCUAUUCGCCCCUGCUUCACCACCACCAGACCAUGUCCCAGAUUUCUCCUCCCAAGCCGUGGGAAGUUAACGGUCUGCAACAGUCUUCUCUCGGAUCAUCAUCAUUGAGUAUAAUGUCUACUACAGCAGCGGCCCCUGUCCCCCCGCCAGCUCCAGCGACUACUGCAGCGCCUGCGAUGGCGGCGCCAGGGGCUACACUCUCCGCACCACCCUCACUCCCUGCUCGACCAUCAGCUCUUACUGGUGCCAUGACUACGAACCGACUGGGAGCAACAACAACCGCUGCAGGAGCUUACUCCGCCUACAAUAGACCAGGUUAUGGUCUCGGCGGCGGCCUCGGGGGUGGAUACGGCUCUUAUGGAGCUGGAAUGUCACCGUACUCGCGAUUCGGUGGAUACGGUGGGGGUAUGUACGGGGGGAUGGGUGGUUUCGGGGGAUACGGAGGCUUUGGAGGGAUGCCUGGCGAUCCGAAUGACCCGAAUAGCUUUGCACGUGGGAUGGAAAGCAGUACUGCUGCUACAUUUCAAAUGAUUGAGAGUAUCGUCGGAGCGUUUGGAGGUUUCGCGCAGAUGCUCGAGUCGACGUAUAUGGCCACUCAUUCCUCAUUCUUUGCAAUGGUCCAGGUCGCCGAGCAAUUUGGCAACCUUCGGAACACUCUCGGGUCAAUCUUAGGUAUUUUUACAAUGAUGCGAUGGGCACGCAUUGCCGUGGCAAAGGUGACCGGCCGUCCACUGCCAGCGUCAGCCGGCGAGUUGACUGCAAGCAAUUUCGCUGCCUUUGAUAGUCGUGGGGGAAAAGGUUCUUCCCGCCCAUCCAAGAAGCCAUUCCUGUUCUUUGUAUUUGCCGUCUUCGGCUUGCCAUACCUGAUGGGUAAACUCAUCCGAUCUCUCGCCCGUCGGGAGGAGGAAAGGAAGAAGAUUAUGGGCACGAUCCCAGAGGGCGACGUGGCGGCGCAGAUGGAUCCUACAAAGUUGGAAUUUUGCCGUGUCACGUUCGACUUUACACCGGAGCAGAAUAACGGGGUUGAGUUAGAGGUCAAGAAGGGCGACUUGGUUGCCGUCUUAAGCAAGGCAGAUCCUAUGGGUAACCCCUCGCAGUGGUGGAAAUGCCGGGCUAGGGAUUCACGGGUUGGAUACCUGCCGAGCCCGUACCUGGAGAUUAUCGCACGGAAAGAGGGAGCAGCCAAACAGAUCACCGCAGGGGAUGAAAGUCGAACACAGACAAUGACAAGUGAGAUCGCAGGGGAAUUGUUGAAGGACACGAAGCCGGAGGACAUUAGUAUUGAGAGUUUUCAGAAAAGCCAGUUUUUCUCAUAGUUGCGACAAGGGUUUUUUUUUAUUUUAGUGCAGGGAGGAAUAGAGGGUGUUUUUGUCAUUUGGCUCUUUUCAUGCCUGCCUCUCUUUUCUCUUCGCGUUAAUCUAUUCCCUUUUCUUCCUUUCAAUUUUUUUCUCAUUCUCGUUCUCUUUUGCACGACAGCUUGGGCAGCGGCGGCACUAUCACUCGCUUCCUUAUGUUCUCUAUUAGUGGGUUUGCUUUUCAAUCGGACGGAGAAGGGCUCCUUUUACCCCUCUGGGUACCGUACAUGAUUAUAUCAAAGUGGGUUUUACGAGUA